AUGCUUAAAUUGAUUGUUUAGAAUAAAUAAAAGUUGUUACGACAAUUAAAAGAAAGAUAUUUUUCGCAUCGAAAUCAUAUGAAGUAAACGGGUUGAUUUUAAUCAUGAUGGCCAGCGGUAAAUGGCGGUAAAUAAGAAUUACCAUAGCAACCAAUACUCGAACAGUACAAGUAAUGUUUCAAAAUGUCGGGCAAUGAGGAAGAUUCAAAGCCCGAUUCCAGCGAAAACAACAAGCAAAACCUGAAAGGUGUAACAAAUAAACUUAAAGCUGAAGCUUUGAGAAGGCUCAAACUCGAAGAUGCUGAGUAUGACGAAGAAAAAUCAAAGGAAGAGGGCAACAAUGAUACAGGAGAAACAACCGAUGUUCCCACUUCAUCGGAAGAUGGGCAAAAGUCAGUCCCAAUAAACGCAGAAGAAACUAAUGUGUCUGCUGAAAAUAGUACAGCUGAACAAGUUAAAAAUCAUAGUGACGCAUCAAGUGAAUUGAAGAAACAUGACGAAGGACAACCAAGCAAAGAAGACGAAAAUGUUCGGGAUGAUCAAGUUGUUUCUACAAAUGAUGGAGUUCAGCAAAUUCAGGCAGAUGAUGAAGAUAGCUCAGGCAAGAGAAUAAGUGAGCCAUCUACUGAACAACAAGAUGUAACUAAAGAAGAAGAAGGACCGGAAAACGCAGGAUCUGCUCCURAUAUAAACAAAAAGCCAGAAAGCGAACAUGGGACUGACAAUGRAAUUGCUGAUACUACUGGUMCUGGURAAAYUGAUAGGMAUGAUACUGGACCUGAUKAUAGUGCCCGCUCAAAUGUUGAUGAUAUAGGGUCUSCACCAUCAGCAGAACAAUCCGCAACUGAURAGUCAAAGAUAAUUUCUGAAACAACGGAGAUUCCAGAGGAAAAGAUUUCUAGCUCAUCUAWAGAGCAAGAAUCAGCAAAGUCUAAUUCACAGGAAAAUGAAGAAGAUCAAGAGGCAAAAGAUAAYGUUAAAGAUGAAACAGUAAAAGAAACUGGACAAGAUAGAAUGGAAGAAGGUGGAAAAAGUGGAAAAGAAAAAGAAAGUGAGAGUAAUGGAAUAGAAAGAGAAAUUAAGCAAGAUGAUGAUUUGAAGGAAACMGAAUCAGCUGAAAGCAAAGCACAAAAUGAACAAGAUGAAAAGRCAAUAGAAAGUGGACAAGAURGGACUAAAGYUACCAAAGAAAGUUCAAAUGAAGAUAAAGCAGAUGUUGCCAGUACUCAAGCUACUUCAACAGAACCCAAGCCAAGUGAUUCUUCUAAACCUGAAGAUGAUAAAGAACAAAGUGAUGAGAUUUCCCCACCUUUAAAUGAAAUAGUUGAAGGACAAACCGAAAACAAACCCAAUAAUGAUUCUUCUGUUGCUACAGAUAUAGGAGAAAAUAGCAAUGUAAAGUCAGAUAAUGAAAAUAAUAGUAUAAGUAGUACUGAUCACAAAUCUAUUGAAAAACAGGAGGAUAAAGAUGGCAUCUCUGAGGACAAAGUAAAGUCUGAUGAAGCUACAAAGGAUGCACAAGGUAAUAGUGAAACAACUCAAGAAAAAGAUGAAGCCAAAGGAAAUAUCCCAGCCACAGAAAACAGUAAUAAAGAAGAUGAUACAGUAAAGUCCUCUCAAGAAAAAAAGGAGUUGUCUCAGGCUGAUAGCAAUAUCCCUGUUUCAAAUGAUAAACAAGAAGCUAAUGUUGAUGAAAAAUCCAGCAAAGAWAAAAUUGAUUCCAGUGCAGAAAGCAAGGAUAUAGAUAAAACAGAUAAAAAAGAAUCUGAAACAACCAAAGAAUCAAGUAAAGAUGAUAAAAUUGGAGAAGAAAAGGAUGGUGAAAAGAAGAGUGAAUCAAAAGAAACUGUGCAAGAAGAAGGAGAGGCACCUCCAGAAGUAGAUAAAGAGCAACAAARCGGAGAAGAUGCAUUACAAGAAGGUGCACCUGAAGGCCAAGUUGAUGGGGAAGAAGAAGAAACAGUACUAGCUGAUGAUUUUUUCUAUGACUAUGAAGAGAUUGUUUCUAAGCCAUACUCUUCAGAAGGAAUUCCUAAUAGUCUUUUGACUUUACACCAUUCGUUUGGGUUUGAGUGUACAAAAAGAGAAAACCUUCAUGUUAUGGAUGAGGAAACUAUUCUAUUUUCUGCUGGCAACAUGGGACAGUUACUUAACAUCAAAACUCAAGAGCAGACCUAUUUCAGGACUACGGGAGGUGGUGGUAUUGGGGCAAUAGCAAUCCACCCAAGCAGAAAGUAUUUUGCAGUUGCUGAGAAAGGAAUCAAACCAAAUAUCAACAUAUUUGAGUAUCCUUCACUCAAACUUCACAGAAUCUUACGAGAUGGAACAGAAGAAGCUUACUCCAACCUUGACUUUUCUCCCGAUGGAACUAAACUUGCUUCUGUUGGUUGUGCUCCUGAUUUCAUGCUGACAGUGUGGGAUUGGAAGAAUGAGAAAAUUCUGUUAAGAUAYAARGCAUUUUCUCAGGAUAUUUACAAAGUUGCCUUCUCUGCUGACAAUGAAGGACACGUCAACACCAGUGGAUCUGGACACAUCAGGUUCUGGACAAUGGCAAACACAUUUACUGGACUUAAAUUACAGGGAAUGAUUGGAAAAUUUGGGGCAAAAGAAAUUUCAGACAUUGAAGGUUUUGUGGAGUUGCCAGAUGGUAAAGUMCURUCAGGGUCAGACUGGGGUAACAUGUUACUGUGGGAGGGUGGUUUAAUCAAGGUGGAGAUAUCUAAGAAAGGCAAAAAGACAUGUCAUCAUGGAAUGAUUCAGCAGUUCUUCAUGGAUGAAGGAGAAUUGAUGACUAUUGGUGUUGACGGAUUUGUCAAGGUUUGGGAUUUUGAAAGUAUUGACAAUGCUGAUACUGAUGAUCAGGGUGCAUUGUUUGAGGUCGAUCCCAUGUAUGAGCUAAAGGUUGGUACUGAUGUUAAACUAAUGUCUAUGCAAAAGGCAGUCAAUAGUGAGGCUCCAAUUUGGUAUGCUCAGGAUGCUGGAGGCGGUAUUUGGAAGCUGGACUUAUCGUUCACUCACACCAGCCAUGCUCCAGAACGCAUGUUUUCCUUUCAUGCCGGUCGUAUAACAGGAUUAGAYACYUCRCCUGUUGCWCAYUUUGUUGCUACUUCAGGAGAAGAUCAUACAGUUCGUGUGUACGACUACCUGGCAAAGAAGCAGAUCUGCCAUUCUAAGUUUAAUUCAGGCAGUUCUACMYUGCUCUGGGUUCCAAAAAUUGUCAGUACYAAAGGUACCUGCAUCUUAGCUGGUUUUGAAGAUGGUGUGGUGCGUCUUCUUACUCUCAAUAAAGUUGACCUUUCRCAAGUUCGUUCCAAGAAGUCUAAAUCUGACUUUGAGCUUAAUCUAACCCAAGUCUUCAAGCCGCAUACAAAACCUGUCACUGUCAUGACUAUUGAUGAUAAAGGAGAGUUAUUAGCCACUGGGAGCUCUGAUUGCACAGUGUUCUUCUUCACAAUUGGUGAUACUUAUAAACCCAUUGGCUUUGUUGAAACUGCUUCUCCUGUCGUAUCUAUUGAAUGGUCAAACAAGGGGAAGAAAGAGAGAAGYGUCUUAGUAAGCUGUAAAGAUGGGACUGUCUUGGARGUGGAAGCACCUCAGCCAGGAGAACAUGACACAAGUAAAACUUUCCACCUGCCGCUAAAGAACUUGAAAAUCACUGAAUUCUUCUUUAAGAGAGUAAAAGACAAGCUAAGGAAAGCUGAAGCAGAUGCAAUCAAAGCCAAAGAAAAAGAAGCAAAGCGAAAGAAAAAGGAAGCAGAGAGAGCUAGAAGACGGGAAAGAGGUUUAGAAGAGGAAGAAGAGGAGGAGGAAGAAGAAGAAGAGGAGGAGGAAGAACAGGUCGAAGAAGUACAGGAUCACGGACCAAGUGAGAUCAUCAAGGGUUUCUAUCACAACAAAAAUGACAAAUUCUUCUUAUCAAUGGAUGGCUGGGAUGCAGGGUAUCUAUACGAAUGUGAGUUUUCUGAAAAACCAWCAGAAGGAGAMGAAAAGGGUGAAGAACCAGURCGUAGUAUUCCUGUYGACAACAGCAAUGAUGCACCGAUWAGAUCCGUUUACACAACACAUUCCAAGAAGUUCCUUCUGUUUGGCAUGGAAGAUGGMAUCAUUCGYAUCCACCCUCUAGARGAUGGCACUGAUCUGGAGCAUCUCCAAUCCUAUUGGUCGUUUAGUAUCCAUGACAACCAUAAUGGCGCUAUAACCAAGAUCAUYACUAGUUUUGAUGAUAAGUACGUCUUUACCUCGGGUGCUGAUGGGAAUUUCUUUGUGCACAAGUUCAUGGAUGAAGCUGUUAAGGGAAUCAAGAUACCGCAUAAAAUUUCACUGCCUUCUCCUAAGAAACGUAUUGGAGAAGAUGGUCAAGAAAUUAAAGACAAAGUGGAUGAUAUUGAUGAUCCUAAUUUCUACAGUAUUGAACUUGAAAAACAGAAAGCAGAACACGACCGAAUGGUGAAACUUGCCGAGGAGAAGAAACAGAAUGUUCGACGUAAGAUUACUAAUCUUAGAAAAGCCUUUAAGCAAUUGAUGAACAGAAACCAAGAACUUCCUGAUCAUGUGCAGCUUAAGUCCGAGGAGUUUAUUAUUGACCCUAAUAUGAAGAAAGACCUUAAAGACAAGACCCAAGAUAAGAUUGAUCUUGUCCAUAAAGAAUUAGCAUGGGAAACAGAAAAACAUUCCAUUGGUCUCAGCAAGAUGAAAAAGAGAUUCAAGGAUGAGAUAGAGUGCGAAAGGAUUGUUCUAAGAGCCUUCAACUCGGACCAUCUUGUGUCAACAUUUCGCGCCUCAAAACCUGAUUAUCUCGAGUUGCUUCAACGAGAGGAAAAGGAAAACAACAAAACAAGCGAGGGUCCGGAGAGUGGGCCACGAAAAUCCAUCGUAGGAGGAAGACAGUUACGACGUCAAAGUACUCAGGAUAAGAUUCCUGCACAGCAAGCACAGCAACAACCGCAGCAGCAGACGCAAGCACAAAGUCAACUCGGCGGGAAAGUUGCUAAAGCUUUAGAAAAAGCAGAAGCWCGWCGGAUGAAAAGAUUGAACCGUCAAGCUCAGUGGGAUGAACUUAACCGUAACAAGCCAGACGAGAACUACGAAGAUCCAAAAGACAAGGCCGCCAUCAAGGAAGCUAAGGAAAACAUGGGUGAUUACAAACUUAAAACGGCCAAAGAUUAUGUAGUACCCGAGAGCCAACGGGUCAACGCUGACAAGAAGAGAUUACAAUUGCUGAAACUACUUGAUCAGAUUCACCAGUACAAGUUUGACUUCAAUCAGAAAUUCCUGAGUCUUAGAAACAAGAAGAUCGCAAUCAUWAAACAGGCAAAAGACAGCACAGGCAAAAUCCUGGAGAUCCAAAAAAAGAUGGAUUCCUACGCCAGACGCCCUAUUCCAAAAGUUCCUGAAAUGAAGCCGGAUGAACAGCCGGAAAAGUGAGUAAUAUUACUAUAAAGA